UGAAACCAACUCAGACUCCUUUACUUCUUGUUGUUGGUCAUCGUCUUUUUCUUCUUGUCUUCUUCUUCUUCUCUUCCUCCUCCUCUUCCUCCUCCUCCUCUUCCUUGGUGAUGGACAGGCCGACCCCCCCUGAACACCCCCCCGGUGAUGGGAUGUACUUUAAACUGUUGGAAGACGACGGACACGAAGCGCUGGAGAGGAGGAGGAGGAGACAGGGUGGACCUGGAGUCUCCUCCUCCAGACCUCCUCCUGGUUUUUAUCCAGUUGUUACUGUGUGUUUGGCUUCGCUGAGCGUCAUCCUCUUCAUCUCACUGAUCGCUGUCACUGCUCACUAUCAGAACCAGCAACGCGGCGGUGAAUCCUCAUCACAGCUGCAGACGCAGGACGCCAACGUGUCGGCGCUGGUCGCCUCCAUCAGCCAACUGCAACAAGAGAAGAAGAAGCUGCAGGAGGAGAAGCAGCAGCUCCAGGACCAACUGAGCCUCACUAAAGCUCCUGGGGUGGUCCCGCCCACCUCUCCGCCCAUCAUCUGUCCCUUUGAUUGGCUGUCCUUCGACACCAGCUGUUACCUCAUCUCCAGAAACUCCAGGUCGUGGCCUGAGGCCAAGUCGUUUUGCGAGAGUGAAGGCGCUCACCUGGCCAUCAUUCACACGGCGGACGAGCAGACGUUUCUAUGGGAACGCCUUCCCAGAGGCCACUGGAAUGCCUACUGGUUCGGCAUCACCGACGCUCAAACGGAGGAUCAGUGGAAGUGGGUGGAUGGGACGCCGCUGGUCGGAGGGUUCUGGGAGGUGGGCGAACCCAACAACCACAUCAACGAGGACUGCGGAUACAUCGUCAAAACGCAGGUGUUGGAGCGAGUGGCGGUCCGCAGCUGGUACGACGCCCCCUGCAGCAUGUACCUGCCCUACAUCUGCGAGAAAGAGGCGGGCCCCGGAGCCAGCACCGCCCUCCCGCACUGAGACCACACCCCCUUGCACUCGUAGUCCCCCCCCCGGUACUGCUGCGGUCGUCAGGUUGGAGGACUUUUAUUCACGUUUCUUAUUGUAUUUUCUGAGGCCGGUUUGAAUGGGAUCAUGUGACACAUAUGGUUACUGUGGUCAUGUGACACAGAUCAGGUCCAUGUGGCUGAGGGUGAACUUUUACAGAAGUGAUGACGCUGCUGAUUCAUUCGUUUGUCAUUUAAUCACCGCGUUCAUUCCACUCACAUUCGAUCUUAAGUCCAAUAUGUGAAAUGAUUCAGAAAUACACAAUAAAAACAGUUUUAUAUUCUGUUUCUGUAGUUGAA